GCUAACACGGACGCGGUGGACCGCUUCACGUUGAUGUGAACUAUUCUUCCAUCUUCCGUGCUCUUCUCUCUCCUUCUCCUUCUCCUUCUUCUCGCUUCUGCUUAGAUAAAGAGAGGAGAGAAAGGAAACAACAUGAAGAAGACGUCUCCACGUCUCAAGAUCGAGAGGAAGUCUUCAAUAGAGAAUGAGCCUCGCACUCUCACGCUUGAUCAGCUCCAGUAUGCAAGGGAGGAAGCAUUGUGUGUGCUAAGCACCAAAACCAUAGAAGAGGCUCUCAAUAUCUUCACAGAGGGUCUGAAGCCAGUGCCCAGAGCAAGGGAUGACAUGGAUUUGGAUGAUAAUGCCGAAAUGGUGGAUUGCACAGAAAUGGAGCUUCUUAACCUCCCCUUGCUAAAGAGAGAGACAGUUUCUGCUCCUUUUUAGCUAGUCUUUGUGCAUAUGAUUGGUCCAAAUUUUCCUUUGACCUCCUUAACUUAAGUUUUUUUUUUUUGAAAUUUAAAUUUUUGUGUCAAUUAGGUAUGUUGAGUGGUGGUGGAGUAGCUUAUAUGGUAUCCUUUAUAUGGGGCUAUGGAAAAAAUUCUGGGCCUAAUUGAUCUUAUUUGCUUUUAGUUGUUACUUGUAUAAACCUAAGAAGCUUCUGCACCGUGUUGUUCAAAGAAUUUCUAAUGAUGUCUACCAUAUCUUUUACCAGCUAUAGUGUUGAACAAGGACCUAUAAUUUGGCAGUUUUUUGUGUGGAUCACAGGUUUAUUCUCACUUGGUUUGGCUUGUGAAUCCAUAUCACUUCAAGCGUGAAACUCCCAAUGAUCUCAAGGAUGUGUUCAGAGACUUUCAGAUAUACCAGUCACUCCUGUAUUGCACUGGACUAAAUGUUACAAUAGAGACUUUAAUCUGAUAUGAAUAACUGUCAUAACAGGAUGGUCAAAUAGGACCAGGGAAUCUUUCAAGUUGCAUGUAAUCAUUUUUCUUGUACCCAAUGGUUGCAGUUCUUUUUGGUC